AUGAUGGCCGAGCCAACAUACCACUACCCCAUCCAGCGCAAACCGAUGCCAAACCUCCACCCUCACACCACCGGCCGCACCACCCCCGACUCCUCCUUCGCCCCAACCUACUCUCACAGCCGUACCCGCAACUCCUCCUCCUCCAACAACCCCUCCAACCUCUCUCCCUACCCCUCAAAACCCUCCUACUCCCAACAGCAACACCCGCAACAACACCCCCCCUCCCAACCGACCUCCCUCCACCCCACCCGUCGCCACCCCUCAACCCACACCUUCUCCUCCUUCAGCCCCUCCACCACCGCCACCUCCCCAACCGUAAACCGCACCCCCUCCUCCUCCUCGCGCCCCUUCCCCGCGCCCCAAAACCAAGGCUACGUCGCCCUCCUCCGCAAGCAAAAAGCCACCGUCUGGUGCGACCGCGCGCAGCACCUCGACCCGCGCCACCUCGCCGCCCAGCGCGCCGCCAAAGCGCGCGCCCACCUCGAGGUCGCUGGCGCCCCCGACUCGGGGCGCGCGAUGACGACGACGAGUACGGCGCAGUCCGGGUUGGCGUCGGGGGGGAGCAGGGUCGCGGCGAAGAUUAGACAUCAUGGCAAGGCGGGGCUGGUGGGGUAUGCGCCGGCGGGAGACUUUGGGGUGGGCGUGGGGGGGGUGCCGAUGAGGCUCAGUGCGACGGAGGUGGAAGGGGGGGAUAGCGAUGGUGAGGAUGCGGUGUCGAGCGUGCAGCAUCAUCAGAGGACGGGGAGUGGGAGGAGUAGUUUGGGGAGUUCGAAGAGGGGGUUUGGGAUGAGGCAGAGUGGAUCGGGAACUGGGGCGAGGUGGAGCGGGGGGACGCCGGCGGCUACGCCGAGGGAUUCUGCGGGAGAGUUUGACUUCGUUGUCGUGCCGCCUGGGGGUGUGCUUGGUGGGACACCUGGCAGCGGUUGCGGCGCGGACGGAGGGAGCAUGGCGAGUGGAAGUAGUGCGGAGCGUGGGGAUGCGGUGGCGGAGCUCGAUACGGUGAGGGUGACUAAUAGCCUCCUUAAGCAGGUUGGGGGUGAGGGGGUGACGAGGGAGAAGAGCAUGAGGAAUCCGGAGGAGUUGAGGAGGAGGGGGAGCGUGGAUGAGAGGACCAUGACUAUGAGUGCGCAGAGGCUGUUUGUGGCGAAUCCGGAUGAGGAUAGUGAUUAAGGUGGGGGAGGGGGAUGGAUAUAUGUGGGUUGAUUUAUACGCCCAGGAGGCGUCUGGGAGGAGUAAUGUGGAGGUGGAUGUGGA